AUGGGAUGGGUGUGGCAGUGGGGAGCAUGGGAUGGGUGUGGCAGUGGGGAGCAUGGGAUGGGUGUGGCAGUGGGGAGCAUGGGAUGGGUGUGGCAGUGGGGAGCAUGGGAUGGGUGUGGCAGUGGGGAGCAUGGGAUGGGUGUGGCAGUGGGGAGCAUGGGAUGGGUGUGGCAGUGGGGAGCAUGGGAUGGGUGUGGCAGUGGGGAGCAUGGGAUGGGUGUGGCAGUGGGGAGCAUGGGAUGGGUGUGGCAGUGGGGAGCAUGGGAUGGUGGGGAGCAUGGGAUGGGUGUGGCAGUGGGGAGCAUGGGAUGGGUGUGGCAGUGGGGAGCAUGGGAUGGGUGUGGCAGUGGGGAGCAUGGGAUGGGUGUGGCAGUGGGGAGCAUGGGAUGGGUGUGGCAGUGGGGAGCAUGGGAUGGGUGUGGCAGUGGGGAGCAUGGGAUGGGUGUGGCAGUGGGGAGCAUGGGAUGGGUGUGGCAGUGGGGAGCAUGGGAUGGGUGUGGCAGUGGGGAGCAUGGGAUGGGUGUGGCAGUGGGGAGCAUGGGAUGGGUGUGGCAGUGGGGAGCAUGGGAUGGGUGUGGCAGUGGGGAGCAUGGGAUGGGUGUGGCAGUGGGGAGCAUGGGAUGGGUGUGGCAGUGGGGAGCAUGGGAUGGGUGUGGCAGUGGGGAGCAUGGGAUGGGUGUGGCAGUGGGGAGCAUGGGAUGGGUGUGGCAGUGGGGAGCAUGGGAUGGGUGUGGCAGUGGGGAGCAUGGGAUGGGUGUGGCAGUGGGGAGCAUGGGAUGGGUGUGGCAGUGGGGAGCAUGGGAUGGGUGUGGCAGUGGGGAGCAUGGGAUGGGUGUGGCAGUGGGGAGCAUGGGAUGGGUGUGGCAGUGGGGAGCAUGGGAUGGGUGUGGCAGUGGGGAGCAUGGGAUGGGUGUGGCAGUGGGGAGCAUGGGAUGGGUGUGGCAGUGGGGAGCAUGGGAUGGGUGUGGCAGUGGGGAGCAUGGGAUGGGUGUGGCAGUGGGGAGCAUGGGAUGGGUGUGGCAGUGGGGAGCAUGGGAUGGGUGUGGCAGUGGGGAGCAUGGGAUGGGUGUGGCAGUGGGGAGCAUGGGAUGGGUGUGGCAGUGGGGAGCAUGGGAUGGGUGUGGCAGUGGGGAGCAUGGGAUGGGUGUGGCAGUGGGGAGCAUGGGAUGGGUGUGGCAGUGGGGAGCAUGGGAUGGGUGUGGCAGUGGGGAGCAUGGGAUGGGUGUGGCAGUGGGGAGCAUGGGAUGGGUGUGGCAGUGGGGAGCAUGGGAUGGGUGUGGCAGUGGGGAGCAUGGGAUGGGUGUGGCAGUGGGGAGCAUGGGAUGGGUGUGGCAGUGGGGAGCAUGGGAUGGGUGUGGCAGUGGGGAGCAUGGGAUGGGUGUGGCAGUGGGGAGCAUGGGAUGGGUGUGGCAGUGGGGAGCAUGGGAUGGGUGUGGCAGUGGGGAGCAUGGGAUGGGUGUGGCAGUGGGGAGCAUGGGAUGGGUGUGGCAGUGGGGAGCAUGGGAUGGGUGUGGCAGUGGGGAGCAUGGGAUGGGUGUGGCAGUGGGGAGCAUGGGAUGGGUGUGGCAGUGGGGAGCAUGGGAUGGGUGUGGCAGUGGGGAGCAUGGGAUGGGUGUGGCAGUGGGGAGCAUGGGAUGGGUGUGGCAGUGGGGAGCAUGGGAUGGGUGUGGCAGUGGGGAGCAUGGGAUGGGUGUGGCAGUGGGGAGCAUGGGAUGGGUGUGGCAGUGGGGAGCAUGGGAUGGGUGUGGCAGUGGGGAGCAUGGGAUGGGUGUGGCAGUGGGGAGCAUGGGAUGGGUGUGGCAGUGGGGAGCAUGGGAUGGGUGUGGCAGUGGGGAGCAUGGGAUGGGUGUGGCAGUGGGGAGCAUGGGAUGGGUGUGGCAGUGGGGAGCAUGGGAUGGGUGUGGCAGUGGGGAGCAUGGGAUGGGUGUGGCAGUGGGGAGCAUGGGAUGGGUGUGGCAGUGGGGAGCAUGGGAUGGGUGUGGCAGUGGGGAGCAUGGGAUGGGUGUGGCAGUGGGGAGCAUGGGAUGGGUGUGGCAGUGGGGAGCAUGGGAUGGGUGUGGCAGUGGGGAGCAUGGGAUGGGUGUGGCAGUGGGGAGCAUGGGAUGGGUGUGGCAGUGGGGAGCAUGGGAUGGGUGUGGCAGUGGGGAGCAUGGGAUGGGUGUGGCAGUGGGGAGCAUGGGAUGGGUGUGGCAGUGGGGAGCAUGGGAUGGGUGUGGCAGUGGGGAGCAUGGGAUGGGUGUGGCAGUGGGGAGCAUGGGAUGGGUGUGGCAGUGGGGAGCAUGGGAUGGGUGUGGCAGUGGGGAGCAUGGGAUGGGUGUGGCAGUGGGGAGCAUGGGAUGGGUGUGGCAGUGGGGAGCAUGGGAUGGGUGUGGCAGUGGGGAGCAUGGGAUGGGUGUGGCAGUGGGGAGCAUGGGAUGGGUGUGGCAGUGGGGAGCAUGGGAUGGGUGUGGCAGUGGGGAGCAUGGGAUGGGUGUGGCAGUGGGGAGCAUGGGAUGGGUGUGGCAGUGGGGAGCAUGGGAUGGGUGUGGCAGUGGGGAGCAUGGGAUGGGUGUGGCAGUGGGGAGCAUGGGAUGGGUGUGGCAGUGGGGAGCAUGGGAUGGGUGUGGCAGUGGGGAGCAUGGGAUGGGUGUGGCAGUGGGGAGCAUGGGAUGGGUGUGGCAGUGGGGAGCAUGGGAUGGGUGUGGCAGUGGGGAGCAUGGGAUGGGUGUGGCAGUGGGGAGCAUGGGAUGGGUGUGGCAGUGGGGAGCAUGGGAUGGGUGUGGCAGUGGGGAGCAUGGGAUGGGUGUGGCAGUGGGGAGCAUGGGAUGGGUGUGGCAGUGGGGAGCAUGGGAUGGGUGUGGCAGUGGGGAGCAUGGGAUGGGUGUGGCAGUGGGGAGCAUGGGAUGGGUGUGGCAGUGGGGAGCAUGGGAUGGGUGUGGCAGUGGGGAGCAUGGGAUGGGUGUGGCAGUGGGGAGCAUGGGAUGGGUGUGGCAGUGGGGAGCAUGGGAUGGGUGUGGCAGUGGGGAGCAUGGGAUGGGUGUGGCAGUGGGGAGCAUGGGAUGGGUGUGGCAGUGGGGAGCAUGGGAUGGGUGUGGCAGUGGGGAGCAUGGGAUGGGUGUGGCAGUGGGGAGCAUGGGAUGGGUGUGGCAGUGGGGAGCAUGGGAUGGGUGUGGCAGUGGGGAGCAUGGGAUGGGUGUGGCAGUGGGGAGCAUGGGAUGGGUGUGGCAGUGGGGAGCAUGGGAUGGGUGUGGCAGUGGGGAGCAUGGGAUGGGUGUGGCAGUGGGGAGCAUGGGAUGGGUGUGGCAGUGGGGAGCAUGGGAUGGGUGUGGCAGUGGGGAGCAUGGGAUGGGUGUGGCAGUGGGGAGCAUGGGAUGGGUGUGGCAGUGGGGAGCAUGGGAUGGGUGUGGCAGUGGGGAGCAUGGGAUGGGUGUGGCAGUGGGGAGCAUGGGAUGGGUGUGGCAGUGGGGAGCAUGGGAUGGGUGUGGCAGUGGGGAGCAUGGGAUGGGUGUGGCAGUGGGGAGCAUGGGAUGGGUGUGGCAGUGGGGAGCAUGGGAUGGGUGUGGCAGUGGGGAGCAUGGGAUGGGUGUGGCAGUGGGGAGCAUGGGAUGGGUGUGGCAGUGGGGAGCAUGGGAUGGGUGUGGCAGUGGGGAGCAUGGGAUGGGUGUGGCAGUGGGGAGCAUGGGAUGGGUGUGGCAGUGGGGAGCAUGGGAUGGGUGUGGCAGUGGGGAGCAUGGGAUGGGUGUGGCAGUGGGGAGCAUGGGAUGGGUGUGGCAGUGGGGAGCAUGGGAUGGGUGUGGCAGUGGGGAGCAUGGGAUGGGUGUGGCAGUGGGGAGCAUGGGAUGGGUGUGGCAGUGGGGAGCAUGGGAUGGGUGUGGCAGUGGGGAGCAUGGGAUGGGUGUGGCAGUGGGGAGCAUGGGAUGGGUGUGGCAGUGGGGAGCAUGGGAUGGGUGUGGCAGUGGGGAGCAUGGGAUGGGUGUGGCAGUGGGGAGCAUGGGAUGGGUGUGGCAGUGGGGAGCAUGGGAUGGGUGUGGCAGUGGGGAGCAUGGGAUGGGUGUGGCAGUGGGGAGCAUGGGAUGGGUGUGGCAGUGGGGAGCAUGGGAUGGGUGUGGCAGUGGGGAGCAUGGGAUGGGUGUGCCAGUGGGGAGCAUGGGAUGGGUGUGGCAGUGGGGAGCAUGGGAUGGGUGUGGCAGUGGGGAGCAUGGGAUGGGUGUGGCAGUGGGGAGCAUGGGAUGGGUGUGGCAGUGGGGAGCAUGGGAUGGGUGUGGCAGUGGGGAGCAUGGGAUGGGUGUGGCAGUGGGGAGCAUGGGAUGGGUGUGGCAGUGGGGAGCAUGGGAUGGGUGUGGCAGUGGGGAGCAUGGGAUGGGUGUGGCAGUGGGGAGCAUGGGAUGGGUGUGGCAGUGGGGAGCAUGGGAUGGGUGUGGCAGUGGGGAGCAUGGGAUGGGUGUGGCAGUGGGGAGCAUGGGAUGGGUGUGGCAGUGGGGAGCAUGGGAUGGGUGUGGCAGUGGGGAGCAUGGGAUGGGUGUGGCAGUGGGGAGCAUGGGAUGGGUGUGGCAGUGGGGAGCAUGGGAUGGGUGUGGCAGUGGGGAGCAUGGGAUGGGUGUGGCAGUGGGGAGCAUGGGAUGGGUGUGCAGUGGGGAGCAUGGGAUGGGUGUGGCAGUGGGGAGCAUGGGAUGGGUGUGGCAGUGGGGAGCAUGGGAUGGGUGUGGCAGUGGGGAGCAUGGGAUGGGUGUGGCAGUGGGGAGCAUGGGAUGGGUGUGGCAGUGGGGAGCAUGGGAUGGGUGUGGCAGUGGGGAGCAUGGGAUGGGUGUGGCAGUGGGGAGCAUGGGAUGGGUGUGGCAGUGGGGAGCAUGGGAUGGGUGUGGCAGUGGGGAGCAUGGGAUGGGUGUGGCAGUGGGGAGCAUGGGAUGGGUGUGGCAGUGGGGAGCAUGGGAUGGGUGUGGCAGUGGGGAGCAUGGGAUGGGUGUGGCAGUGGGGAGCAUGGGAUGGGUGUGGCAGUGGGGAGCAUGGGAUGGGUGUGGCAGUGGGGAGCAUGGGAUGGGUGUGGCAGUGGGGAGCAUGGGAUGGGUGUGGCAGUGGGGAGCAUGGGAUGGGUGUGGCAGUGGGGAGCAUGGGAUGGGUGUGGCAGUGGGGAGCAUGGGAUGGGUGUGGCAGUGGGGAGCAUGGGAUGGGUGUGCCAGUGGGGAGCAUGGGAUGGGUGUGGCAGUGGGGAGCAUGGGAUGGGUGUGCCAGUGGGGAGCAUGGGAUGGGUGUGGCAGUGGGGAGCAUGGGAUGGGUGUGCCAGUGGGGAGCAUGGGAUGGGUGUGGCAGUGGGGAGCAUGGGAUGGGUGUGCCAGUGGGGAGCAUGGGAUGGGUGUGCCAGUGGGGAGCAUGGGAUGGGUGUGGCAGUGGGGAGCAUGGGAUGGGUGUGCCAGUGGGGAGCAUGGGAUGGGUGUGCCAGUGGGGAGCAUGGGAUGGGUGUGGCAGUGGGGAGCAUGGGAUGGGUGUGGCAGUGGGGAGCAUGGGAUGGGUGUGGCAGUGGGGAGCAUGGGAUGGGUGUGGCAGUGGGGAGCAUGGGAUGGGUGUGCCAGUGGGGAGCAUGGGAUGGGUGUGGCAGUGGGGAGCAUGGGAUGGGUGUGCCAGUGGGGAGCAUGGGAUGGGUGUGCCAGUGGGGAGCAUGGGAUGGGUGUGGCAGUGGGGAGCAUGGGAUGGGUGUGGCAGUGGGGAGCAUGGGAUGGGUGUGGCAGUGGGGAGCAUGGGAUGGGUGUGGCAGUGGGGAGCAUGGGAUGGGUGUGGCAGUGGGGAGCAUGGGAUGGGUGUGGCAGUGGGGAGCAUGGGAUGGGUGUGGCAGUGGGGAGCAUGGGAUGGGUGUGGCAGUGGGGAGCAUGGGAUGGGUGUGGCAGUGGGGAGCAUGGGAUGGGUGUGGCAGUGGGGAGCAUGGGAUGGGUGUGCCAGUGGGGAGCAUGGGAUGGGUGUGCCAGUGGGGAGCAUGGGAUGGGUGUGCCAGUGGGGAGCAUGGGAUGGGUGUGCCAGUGGGGAGCAUGGGAUGGGUGUGCCAGUGGGGAGCAUGGGAUGGGUGUGGCAGUGGGGAGCAUGGGAUGGGUGUGCCAGUGGGGAGCAUGGGAUGGGUGUGGCAGUGGGGAGCAUGGGAUGGGUGUGCCAGUGGGGAGCAUGGGAUGGGUGUGGCAGUGGGGAGCAUGGGAUGGGUGUGGCAGUGGGGAGCAUGGGAUGGGUGUGCCAGUGGGGAGCAUGGGAUGGGUGUGGCAGUGGGGAGCAUGGGAUGGGUGUGCCAGUGGGGAGCAUGGGAUGGGUGUGCCAGUGGGGAGCAUGGGAUGGGUGUGGCAGUGGGGAGCAUGGGAUGGGUGUGGCAGUGGGGAGCAUGGGAUGGGUGUGGCAGUGGGGAGCAUGGGAUGGGUGUGGCAGUGGGGAGCAUGGGAUGGGUGUGGCAGUGGGGAGCAUGGGAUGGGUGUGGCAGUGGGGAGCAUGGGAUGGGUGUGGCAGUGGGGAGCAUGGGAUGGGUGUGGCAGUGGGGAGCAUGGGAUGGGUGUGGCAGUGGGGAGCAUGGGAUGGGUGUGGCAGUGGGGAGCAUGGGAUGGGUGUGGCAGUGGGGAGCAUGGGAUGGGUGUGGCAGUGGGGAGCAUGGGAUGGGUGUGGCAGUGGGGAGCAUGGGAUGGGUGUGGCAGUGGGGAGCAUGGGAUGGGUGUGGCAGUGGGGAGCAUGGGAUGGGUGUGCCAGUGGGGAGCAUGGGAUGGGUGUGGCAGUGGGGAGCAUGGGAUGGGUGUGGCAGUGGGGAGCAUGGGAUGGGUGUGGCAGUGGGGAGCAUGGGAUGGGUGUGGCAGUGGGGAGCAUGGGAUGGGUGUGGCAGUGGGGAGCAUGGGAUGGGUGUGGCAGUGGGGAGCAUGGGAUGGGUGUGGCAGUGGGGAGCAUGGGAUGGGUGUGGCAGUGGGGAGCAUGGGAUGGGUGUGGCAGUGGGGAGCAUGGGAUGGGUGUGCCAGUGGGGAGCAUGGGAUGGGUGUGGCAGUGGGGAGCAUGGGAUGGGUGUGCCAGUGGGGAGCAUGGGAUGGGUGUGGCAGUGGGGAGCAUGGGAUGGGUGUGCCAGUGGGGAGCAUGGGAUGGGUGUGGCAGUGGGGAGCAUGGGAUGGGUGUGCCAGUGGGGAGCAUGGGAUGGGUGUGCCAGUGGGGAGCAUGGGAUGGGUGUGGCAGUGGGGAGCAUGGGAUGGGUGUGCCAGUGGGGAGCAUGGGAUGGGUGUGCCAGUGGGGAGCAUGGGAUGGGUGUGGCAGUGGGGAGCAUGGGAUGGGUGUGGCAGUGGGGAGCAUGGGAUGGGUGUGGCAGUGGGGAGCAUGGGAUGGGUGUGGCAGUGGGGAGCAUGGGAUGGGUGUGCCAGUGGGGAGCAUGGGAUGGGUGUGGCAGUGGGGAGCAUGGGAUGGGUGUGGCAGUGGGGAGCAUGGGAUGGGUGUGCCAGUGGGGAGCAUGGGAUGGGUGUGCCAGUGGGGAGCAUGGGAUGGGUGUGGCAGUGGGGAGCAUGGGAUGGGUGUGCCAGUGGGGAGCAUGGGAUGGGUGUGCCAGUGGGGAGCAUGGGAUGGGUGUGCCAGUGGGGAGCAUGGGAUGGGUGUGCCAGUGGGGAGCAUGGGAUGGGUGUGCCAGUGGGGAGCAUGGGAUGGGUGUGGCAGUGGGGAGCAUGGGAUGGGUGUGCCAGUGGGGAGCAUGGGAUGGGUGUGGCAGUGGGGAGCAUGGGAUGGGUGUGCCAGUGGGGAGCAUGGGAUGGGUGUGGCAGUGGGGAGCAUGGGAUGGGUGUGCCAGUGGGGAGCAUGGGAUGGGUGUGCCAGUGGGGAGCAUGGGAUGGGUGUGCCAGUGGGGAGCAUGGGAUGGGUGUGGCAGUGGGGAGCAUGGGAUGGGUGUGGCAGUGGGGAGCAUGGGAUGGGUGUGCCAGUGGGGAGCAUGGGAUGGGUGUGCCAGUGGGGAGCAUGGGAUGGGUGUGGCAGUGGGGAGCAUGGGAUGGGUGUGCCAGUGGGGAGCAUGGGAUGGGUGUGGCAGUGGGGAGCAUGGGAUGGGUGUGCCAGUGGGGAGCAUGGGAUGGGUGUGGCAGUGGGGAGCAUGGGAUGGGUGUGCCAGUGGGGAGCAUGGGAUGGGUGUGCCAGUGGGGAGCAUGGGAUGGGUGUGGCAGUGGGGAGCAUGGGAUGGGUGUGGCAGUGGGGAGCAUGGGAUGGGUGUGGCAGUGGGGAGCAUGGGAUGGGUGUGGCAGUGGGGAGCAUGGGAUGGGUGUGGCAGUGGGGAGCAUGGGAUGGGUGUGCCAGUGGGGAGCAUGGGAUGGGUGUGCCAGUGGGGAGCAUGGGAUGGGUGUGGCAGUGGGGAGCAUGGGAUGGGUGUGGCAGUGGGGAGCAUGGGAUGGGUGUGCCAGUGGGGAGCAUGGGAUGGGUGUGCCAGUGGGGAGCAUGGGAUGGGUGUGGCAGUGGGGAGCAUGGGAUGGGUGUGGCAGUGGGGAGCAUGGGAUGGGUGUGGCAGUGGGGAGCAUGGGAUGGGUGUGGCAGUGGGGAGCAUGGGAUGGGUGUGGCAGUGGGGAGCAUGGGAUGGGUGUGGCAGUGGGGAGCAUGGGAUGGGUGUGGCAGUGGGGAGCAUGGGAUGGGUGUGGCAGUGGGGAGCAUGGGAUGGGUGUGGCAGUGGGGAGCAUGGGAUGGGUGUGGCAGUGGGGAGCAUGGGAUGGGUGUGGCAGUGGGGAGCAUGGGAUGGGUGUGGCAGUGGGGAGCAUGGGAUGGGUGUGGCAGUGGGGAGCAUGGGAUGGGUGUGGCAGUGGGGAGCAUGGGAUGGGUGUGGCAGUGGGGAGCAUGGGAUGGGUGUGGCAGUGGGGAGCAUGGGAUGGGUGUGGCAGUGGGGAGCAUGGGAUGGGUGUGGCAGUGGGGAGCAUGGGAUGGGUGUGGCAGUGGGGAGCAUGGGAUGGGUGUGGCAGUGGGGAGCAUGGGAUGGGUGUGGCAGUGGGGAGCAUGGGAUGGGUGUGGCAGUGGGGAGCAUGGGAUGGGUGUGGCAGUGGGGAGCAUGGGAUGGGUGUGGCAGUGGGGAGCAUGGGAUGGGUGUGGCAGUGGGGAGCAUGGGAUGGGUGUGGCAGUGGGGAGCAUGGGAUGGGUGUGGCAGUGGGGAGCAUGGGAUGGGUGUGGCAGUGGGGAGCAUGGGAUGGGUGUGGCAGUGGGGAGCAUGGGAUGGGUGUGGCAGUGGGGAGCAUGGGAUGGGUGUGGCAGUGGGGAGCAUGGGAUGGGUGUGGCAGUGGGGAGCAUGGGAUGGGUGUGGCAGUGGGGAGCAUGGGAUGGGUGUGGCAGUGGGGAGCAUGGGAUGGGUGUGGCAGUGGGGAGCAUGGGAUGGGUGUGGCAGUGGGGAGCAUGGGAUGGGUGUGCCAGUGGGGAGCAUGGGAUGGGUGUGGCAGUGGGGAGCAUGGGAUGGGUGUGCCAGUGGGGAGCAUGGGAUGGGUGUGGCAGUGGGGAGCAUGGGAUGGGUGUGGCAGUGGGGAGCAUGGGAUGGGUGUGGCAGUGGGGAGCAUGGGAUGGGUGUGCCAGUGGGGAGCAUGGGAUGGGUGUGGCAGUGGGGAGCAUGGGAUGGGUGUGCCAGUGGGGAGCAUGGGAUGGGUGUGGCAGUGGGGAGCAUGGGAUGGGUGUGCCAGUGGGGAGCAUGGGAUGGGUGUGGCAGUGGGGAGAAUGGGAUGGGUGUGGCAGUGGGGAGCAUGGGAUGGGUGUGCCAGUGGGGAGCAUGGGAUGGGUGUGCCAGUGGGGAGCAUGGGAUGGGUGUGGCAGUGGGGAGCAUGGGAUGGGUGUGCCAGUGGGGAGCAUGGGAUGGGUGUGCCAGUGGGGAGCAUGGGAUGGGUGUGGCAGUGGGGAGCAUGGGAUGGGUGUGGCAGUGGGGAGCAUGGGAUGGGUGUGCCAGUGGGGAGCAUGGGAUGGGUGUGCAGUGGGGAGCAUGGGAUGGGUGUGGCAGUGGGGAGCAUGGGAUGGGUGUGGCAGUGGGGAGCAUGGGAUGGGUGUGGCAGUGGGGAGCAUGGGAUGGGUGUGGCAGUGGGGAGCAUGGGAUGGGUGUGGCAGUGGGGAGCAUGGGAUGGGUGUGGCAGUGGGGAGCAUGGGAUGGGUGUGGCAGUGGGGAGCAUGGGAUGGGUGUGGCAGUGGGGAGCAUGGGAUGGGUGUGGCAGUGGGGAGCAUGGGAUGGGUGUGGCAGUGGGGAGCAUGGGAUGGGUGUGGCAGUGGGGAGCAUGGGAUGGGUGUGGCAGUGGGGAGCAUGGGAUGGGUGUGGCAGUGGGGAGCAUGGGAUGGGUGUGGCAGUGGGGAGCAUGGGAUGGGUGUGGCAGUGGGGAGCAUGGGAUGGGUGUGGCAGUGGGGAGCAUGGGAUGGGUGUGGCAGUGGGGAGCAUGGGAUGGGUGUGGCAGUGGGGAGCAUGGGAUGGGUGUGGCAGUGGGGAGCAUGGGAUGGGUGUGGCAGUGGGGAGCAUGGGAUGGGUGUGGCAGUGGGGAGCAUGGGAUGGGUGUGGCAGUGGGGAGCAUGGGAUGGGUGUGGCAGUGGGGAGCAUGGGAUGGGUGUGGCAGUGGGGAGCAUGGGAUGGGUGUGGCAGUGGGGAGCAUGGGAUGGGUGUGGCAGUGGGGAGCAUGGGAUGGGUGUGGCAGUGGGGAGCAUGGGAUGGGUGUGGCAGUGGGGAGCAUGGGAUGGGUGUGGCAGUGGGGAGCAUGGGAUGGGUGUGGCAGUGGGGAGCAUGGGAUGGGUGUGGCAGUGGGGAGCAUGGGAUGGGUGUGGCAGUGGGGAGCAUGGGAUGGGUGUGGCAGUGGGGAGCAUGGGAUGGGUGUGGCAGUGGGGAGCAUGGGAUGGGUGUGGCAGUGGGGAGCAUGGGAUGGGUGUGGCAGUGGGGAGCAUGGGAUGGGUGUGGCAGUGGGGAGCAUGGGAUGGGUGUGGCAGUGGGGAGCAUGGGAUGGGUGUGGCAGUGGGGAGCAUGGGAUGGGUGUGGCAGUGGGGAGCAUGGGAUGGGUGUGGCAGUGGGGAGCAUGGGAUGGGUGUGGCAGUGGGGAGCAUGGGAUGGGUGUGGCAGUGGGGAGCAUGGGAUGGGUGUGGCAGUGGGGAGCAUGGGAUGGGUGUGGCAGUGGGGAGCAUGGGAUGGGUGUGGCAGUGGGGAGCAUGGGAUGGGUGUGGCAGUGGGGAGCAUGGGAUGGGUGUGGCAGUGGGGAGCAUGGGAUGGGUGUGGCAGUGGGGAGCAUGGGAUGGGUGUGGCAGUGGGGAGCAUGGGAUGGGUGUGGCAGUGGGGAGCAUGGGAUGGGUGUGGCAGUGGGGAGCAUGGGAUGGGUGUGGCAGUGGGGAGCAUGGGAUGGGUGUGGCAGUGGGGAGCAUGGGAUGGGUGUGGCAGUGGGGAGCAUGGGAUGGGUGUGGCAGUGGGGAGCAUGGGAUGGGUGUGGCAGUGGGGAGCAUGGGAUGGGUGUGGCAGUGGGGAGCAUGGGAUGGGUGUGGCAGUGGGGAGCAUGGGAUGGGUGUGGCAGUGGGGAGCAUGGGAUGGGUGUGGCAGUGGGGAGCAUGGGAUGGGUGUGGCAGUGGGGAGCAUGGGAUGGGUGUGGCAGUGGGGAGCAUGGGAUGGGUGUGGCAGUGGGGAGCAUGGGAUGGGUGUGGCAGUGGGGAGCAUGGGAUGGGUGUGGCAGUGGGGAGCAUGGGAUGGGUGUGGCAGUGGGGAGCAUGGGAUGGGUGUGGCAGUGGGGAGCAUGGGAUGGGUGUGGCAGUGGGGAGCAUGGGAUGGGUGUGGCAGUGGGGAGCAUGGGAUGGGUGUGGCAGUGGGGAGCAUGGGAUGGGUGUGGCAGUGGGGAGCAUGGGAUGGGUGUGGCAGUGGGGAGCAUGGGAUGGGUGUGGCAGUGGGGAGCAUGGGAUGGGUGUGGCAGUGGGGAGCAUGGGAUGGGUGUGGCAGUGGGGAGCAUGGGAUGGGUGUGGCAGUGGGGAGCAUGGGAUGGGUGUGGCAGUGGGGAGCAUGGGAUGGGUGUGGCAGUGGGGAGCAUGGGAUGGGUGUGGCAGUGGGGAGCAUGGGAUGGGUGUGGCAGUGGGGAGCAUGGGAUGGGUGUGGCAGUGGGGAGCAUGGGAUGGGUGUGGCAGUGGGGAGCAUGGGAUGGGUGUGGCAGUGGGGAGCAUGGGAUGGGUGUGGCAGUGGGGAGCAUGGGAUGGGUGUGGCAGUGGGGAGCAUGGGAUGGGUGUGGCAGUGGGGAGCAUGGGAUGGGUGUGGCAGUGGGGAGCAUGGGAUGGGUGUGGCAGUGGGGAGCAUGGGAUGGGUGUGGCAGUGGGGAGCAUGGGAUGGGUGUGGCAGUGGGGAGCAUGGGAUGGGUGUGGCAGUGGGGAGCAUGGGAUGGGUGUGGCAGUGGGGAGCAUGGGAUGGGUGUGGCAGUGGGGAGCAUGGGAUGGGUGUGGCAGUGGGGAGCAUGGGAUGGGUGUGGCAGUGGGGAGCAUGGGAUGGGUGUGGCAGUGGGGAGCAUGGGAUGGGUGUGGCAGUGGGGAGCAUGGGAUGGGUGUGGCAGUGGGGAGCAUGGGAUGGGUGUGGCAGUGGGGAGCAUGGGAUGGGUGUGGCAGUGGGGAGCAUGGGAUGGGUGUGGCAGUGGGGAGCAUGGGAUGGGUGUGGCAGUGGGGAGCAUGGGAUGGGUGUGGCAGUGGGGAGCAUGGGAUGGGUGUGGCAGUGGGGAGCAUGGGAUGGGUGUGGCAGUGGGGAGCAUGGGAUGGGUGUGGCAGUGGGGAGCAUGGGAUGGGUGUGGCAGUGGGGAGCAUGGGAUGGGUGUGGCAGUGGGGAGCAUGGGAUGGGUGUGGCAGUGGGGAGCAUGGGAUGGGUGUGGCAGUGGGGAGCAUGGGAUGGGUGUGGCAGUGGGGAGCAUGGGAUGGGUGUGGCAGUGGGGAGCAUGGGAUGGGUGUGGCAGUGGGGAGCAUGGGAUGGGUGUGGCAGUGGGGAGCAUGGGAUGGGUGUGGCAGUGGGGAGCAUGGGAUGGGUGUGGCAGUGGGGAGCAUGGGAUGGGUGUGGCAGUGGGGAGCAUGGGAUGGGUGUGGCAGUGGGGAGCAUGGGAUGGGUGUGGCAGUGGGGAGCAUGGGAUGGGUGUGGCAGUGGGGAGCAUGGGAUGGGUGUGGCAGUGGGGAGCAUGGGAUGGGUGUGGCAGUGGGGAGCAUGGGAUGGGUGUGGCAGUGGGGAGCAUGGGAUGGGUGUGGCAGUGGGGAGCAUGGGAUGGGUGUGGCAGUGGGGAGCAUGGGAUGGGUGUGGCAGUGGGGAGCAUGGGAUGGGUGUGGCAGUGGGGAGCAUGGGAUGGGUGUGGCAGUGGGGAGCAUGGGAUGGGUGUGGCAGUGGGGAGCAUGGGAUGGGUGUGGCAGUGGGGAGCAUGGGAUGGGUGUGGCAGUGGGGAGCAUGGGAUGGGUGUGGCAGUGGGGAGCAUGGGAUGGGUGUGGCAGUGGGGAGCAUGGGAUGGGUGUGGCAGUGGGGAGCAUGGGAUGGGUGUGGCAGUGGGGAGCAUGGGAUGGGUGUGGCAGUGGGGAGCAUGGGAUGGGUGUGGCAGUGGGGAGCAUGGGAUGGGUGUGGCAGUGGGGAGCAUGGGAUGGGUGUGGCAGUGGGGAGCAUGGGAUGGGUGUGGCAGUGGGGAGCAUGGGAUGGGUGUGGCAGUGGGGAGCAUGGGAUGGGUGUGGCAGUGGGGAGCAUGGGAUGGGUGUGGCAGUGGGGAGCAUGGGAUGGGUGUGGCAGUGGGGAGCAUGGGAUGGGUGUGGCAGUGGGGAGCAUGGGAUGGGUGUGGCAGUGGGGAGCAUGGGAUGGGUGUGGCAGUGGGGAGCAUGGGAUGGGUGUGGCAGUGGGGAGCAUGGGAUGGGUGUGGCAGUGGGGAGCAUGGGAUGGGUGUGGCAGUGGGGAGCAUGGGAUGGGUGUGGCAGUGGGGAGCAUGGGAUGGGUGUGGCAGUGGGGAGCAUGGGAUGGGUGUGGCAGUGGGGAGCAUGGGAUGGGUGUGGCAGGGAUGGAUGGGUGUGGCAGUGGGGAGCAUGGGAUGGGUGUGGCAGUGGGGAGCAUGGGAUGGGUGUGGCAGUGGGGAGCAUGGGAUGGGUGUGGCAGUGGGGAGCAUGGGAUGGGUGUGGCAGUGGGGAGCAUGGGAUGGGUGUGGCAGUGGGGAGCAUGGGAUGGGUGUGGCAGUGGGGAGCAUGGGAUGGGUGUGGCAGUGGGGAGCAUGGGAUGGGUGUGGCAGUGGGGAGCAUGGGAUGGGUGUGGCAGUGGGGAGCAUGGGAUGGGUGUGGCAGUGGGGAGCAUGGGAUGGGUGUGGCAGUGGGGAGCAUGGGAUGGGUGUGGCAGUGGGGAGCAUGGGAUGGGUGUGGCAGUGGGGAGCAUGGGAUGGGUGUGGCAGUGGGGAGCAUGGGAUGGGUGUGGCAGUGGGGAGCAUGGGAUGGGUGUGGCAGUGGGGAGCAUGGGAUGGGUGUGGCAGUGGGGAGCAUGGGAUGGGUGUGGCAGUGGGGAGCAUGGGAUGGGUGUGGCAGUGGGGAGCAUGGGAUGGGUGUGGCAGUGGGGAGCAUGGGAUGGGUGUGGCAGUGGGGAGCAUGGGAUGGGUGUGGCAGUGGGGAGCAUGGGAUGGGUGUGGCAGUGGGGAGCAUGGGAUGGGUGUGGCAGUGGGGAGCAUGGGAUGGGUGUGGCAGUGGGGAGCAUGGGAUGGGUGUGGCAGUGGGGAGCAUGGGAUGGGUGUGGCAGUGGGGAGCAUGGGAUGGGUGUGGCAGUGGGGAGCAUGGGAUGGGUGUGGCAGUGGGGAGCAUGGGAUGGGUGUGGCAGUGGGGAGCAUGGGAUGGGUGUGGCAGUGGGGAGCAUGGGAUGGGUGUGGCAGUGGGGAGCAUGGGAUGGGUGUGGCAGUGGGGAGCAUGGGAUGGGUGUGGCAGUGGGGAGCAUGGGAUGGGUGUGGCAGUGGGGAGCAUGGGAUGGGUGUGGCAGUGGGGAGCAUGGGAUGGGUGUGGCAGUGGGGAGCAUGGGAUGGGUGUGGCAGUGGGGAGCAUGGGAUGGGUGUGGCAGUGGGGAGCAUGGGAUGGGUGUGGCAGUGGGGAGCAUGGGAUGGGUGUGGCAGUGGGGAGCAUGGGAUGGGUGUGGCAGUGGGGAGCAUGGGAUGGGUGUGGCAGUGGGGAGCAUGGGAUGGGUGUGGCAGUGGGGAGCAUGGGAUGGGUGUGGCAGUGGGGAGCAUGGGAUGGGUGUGGCAGUGGGGAGCAUGGGAUGGGUGA